GCGACCCGCUGGGCGGGAGCCACCUGCUCAUCCAGAGGUAUGGGGAAGCUCCUGGUAUGGAAGAGAGACAAGGAAGUCGGUCCUUGCUAUCCAUACCGCCCUUUGCAAAGGAACUGCACAUAGAGAUUGUCUCCUCACCAGCCUACAGCACCAGAGGAGUCUAUGACACUAUUCUCCACCAGCACUUCCAAACUCCCAGGUUGGUCCAGGCGGGUGAUAUCCUGUGUAUUCCGACAGCUGGACAUCCUGAGUUCUUGGAAGGAAAUUCAGAGAAAUUUCUUAGCUGGCCGGAGCUGUACUUCAAGGUGAAGAAGAUUGUAGGAGUGGUGGAAGGAGAGCAGUCUGUGGGGUACCUGGCUGACAUCCAGAACACGUCGCUGUACCUGGUGGGUUCAACAAACAGCGCUGUGCCAUCUUCCCCAAGCCGUGGUGGCCAUGGGUUUUGGAGCAGUCUGUCUCCCGCCGGGCUCUCUGAUGUGGUGAAGCAGCUCUGUGAUGCUCUCCGGCCUCAUCUGAACAGCAGGGGGACCGCGCUACGUGGAACAGGCAGCAUUCUACUGGCGGGACCCAGUGGUGGGGGGAAACUGACGUCUGUCAGAGCUGCAUGUAGCUGCCUCAAUCUCCACUUGUUCAAGGUGGACUGCGUUAGUUUGUGUGGAGACACUAGUGGCGCUACGGAGAUGAAGCUGCAAUCUGCCUUUGCGCAGGCUGAGCUCUUCCGGCCGUGUGUGCUCCUCCUGAAGGACAUCGAGCUGCUGGGACGAGACCGGGACGGGCUGGGAGAGGACUCCAGAGUCACUGCUACACUAAGGCACCUCCUCCUGGACAGAGAUGCGGGAUCUAGCGGUUACCCUGUCCUGGUGGUUGCCACCACAUGCCGGCCUCAGGACGUCCUGGCAGACGUGCAGACAGCUUUCCUCCACGAGGUGACGGUCCAAGCCCCAUCGGAAGAGCAGCGGAAGGCCAUGCUGAGCACGCUCACUGCCAGCCUUCCGUUGGGCAAGGAAGUGAGCCUGGCCAAACUAGCGCGGAGAAGUGCGGGGUUUGUGCUGGGAGAUUUCUGCGCUUUGCUGGCCCAAGGCGGCCGGGCAGCUUGCACCAGGAUCUUAACCUCAACUUUCCCAGGGGGGCUGAGUGAGGACGAGGAGAGAGAUUUUUGUGCUGCUGGGUUCCCUGUUCUUGCAGAGGAUUUGAACGUUGCAUUGGAUCAACUGCAUGAGACUCAUUCGCAGGCAGUUGGAGCCCCAAAGAUCCCCGCGGUCACCUGGCAGGAUAUUGGUGGGCUCCAGGAGGCGAAGAAGGACAUCCUGGACACCAUCCAGCUGCCUCUGGAGCACCCGGAGCUACUGUCCGUGGGGCUGCGCCGCUCUGGCCUUCUGCUCUACGGGCCUCCUGGGACAGGAAAGACCUUGCUUGCCAAAGCUGUGGCCACUGAGUGCACCAUGACUUUCCUCCCAGUGUUUGCCAGAGCCCGGGCUGCUGCCCCCUGCAUUAUCUUCUUUGAUGAACUGGAUUCCUUGGCACCCAACCGGGGACGGAGCGGAGACUCAGGCGGAGUUAUGGACAGAGUUGUCUCCCAGCUGCUAGCAGAGCUUGAUGGACUUCAUUCCACCAGAGACGUAUUUGUGAUCGGCGCCACCAACAGACCUGACCUCCUGGACCCAGCACUGCUCCGGCCUGGCAGGUUUGACAAGCUGGUCUAUGUCGGCAUGAAUGAGGACCGUGAGUCUCAGCUGCGAGUGCUGAGCGCCAUCACCAGGAAGUUCACACUGGACCCUUCAGUGCGUCUCAACAGUGUCCUGGAUCAGUGCCCUGCACAGCUGACGGGAGCAGAUCUGUACGCGCUCUGCGCAGACGCCAUGCUGUGUGCUGUCAAACGGAAGGUGGAUUGGAUUGAGGAAGGGCUGGACACGGAGAGUUCCGCUCUAGUUCUGACCAUGGAGGAUUUUGGACAAGCUGCCACAAGGCUGCAGCCGUCGGUUUCGGAGCAGGAGCUGCUCACAUACAGAGUGAUCCAGCGGAAGUUUGCUGCCUGCUAGCCUGCAGUGGGAAGGGAAGGGAAGGAGCACACACAGCCCUAACAGGUGUGUGGGCUGGUGAAGUGGAGAGAUGGAAGCGUCAUCACCUGCUGACUCGUGGCCAACCCUGGACGUGGUGCACAUUUAGCCAUGGAUCUGAGGCGGUCGGCAGCACAGCUGGGGUUCAUGCUCCUCCUCCUCUGUCCCCAAUCCCCCUCCUCCAACCUCUCAGCCUGGCCCUCACCCCCACAGCCACCAUCCCGCCCCGUAAUCUGGGGUGGGAGGAAGGGGCUUUAAGCUGAGUUGUGGCUCUCAAGGGAAAGGAGUGCGACCAAAGCCCCCGUGAGACCCUGCGCUACUCAUGGAUUGUCCCAUGACCCCGUGCCCUCCCCCUGGCGUAGGCAAAGAUCCUGAGCGCGGGGGUGGAUUGUCUUCCAGGAGUGAAAAAUCCUCCCCUCUCCCACAGCCUCCCUGGGAUGUGAGGGAAUUAGCAGACGCCUUCCGCUCAGGAUCAGCGGGAGGGGGAUUCACACCCACAACUCCUCUCCCCGGUUACAGGGCCAGUAUAAAACCUGGCACCACUGACGGGUGGUCUCGUGCUGGCCCUGGGCAUGGAGGGGAAUCUCAUCCCGAAUGAGAGAGAACUUCCUGGUGGAGCUUUAGUCACGGGGAGGUGGGAGGGUCCCCUGCUGCUUUCCCCGCUGACACAUGCACUACAGGCAGGGAUGGUGCUUCCGAUCACUCAGGCAGCCACGAACAAGACAGGAGGGGGAGCCAGAGCGGCAGGGUGGAAGCGUGGGUUCCCAAGCAGCUUCCCAAGAAGCGUGGGGUCCCCUGAGAUGUUUUUGCAGGGAUUCUGAACCCCCCUGGCCAGCUCCCAGCACACGGGACUGGGCACUACACCGGGCAGAGGCACGGAGCACUUGCAUUGUGUGAGGACACUGCUGGCUGCAUAGGCAGUGGGCAGGGGCAUACACUACACUGGCUGUAAAUACUGUACACGGGCUUUCUAAAUAAAGGGGGAGUUUCUGGUCUA